AUGGUGCUAAUGAAGCCGCCAGGCGUCACGAAGAACCCAACGGGGCUCGAAAGCGGUGGCCCGGUCCAGGUGCUUCGCAGCCGAUCACUGGUGUGCGUAGUGGGCGGCCGGACCCAGGAGUACGGCCCGAUGCGACUCGACGGCCUCUGCGACGUGGCUCUGCUGCCUUUCUACGCGCUGCCUAAAGGUGGCGACACCUUCCUCAACGACGGUGACAAAGUCACGCAGCAUCUUCUCGACAAGGCUGCCAAAGCGGUGAAGACGAGCUACGGAAUCCACGUUCCUUUCAAAAAACUGUCUAAAGUUAUGGACGACCUUAUACGAAGAAGAGCUCAGAACAAGCUGAAGAAAUACUGGAUAAAUAAGAAUAUCUACCACUACGCCAUCCUCGACCUGCGAAUCGGGCCCAGCGACAAUGCGCCACCUGACGACGUUGUAGGCAAAGCCUUUGGAGUGCUUAAG